GCAGCAGCCAGUCAUAUUUCUCAUCUCCUCUUCUGGAAGUCCACUUCUGCUAUAUGUUCUUUCAGGUUUAUGGCCACCAACGACCUGAUGAUGGAACUGCAGAAAGAUUCAAUAAAACUAGAUGAAGACAGUGAGAAAAAAGUUGUGAAAAUGCUUUUGAAAUUGCUGGAAGACAAAAAUGGGGAAGUACAGAACCUCGCUGUCAAGUGUCUGGGCCCGCUGGUUGGCAAGGUGAAGGAGUACCAGGUGGAAACCAUUGUGGAUACGCUGUGUACAAACAUGUUAUCUGACAAGGAACAGCUGCGGGAUAUCUCCAGUAUCGGACUGAAAACAGUCAUCUCCGAGCUGCCACCAGCUUCUACAGGCUCCACUAUGACAGCAAAUGUGUGCAAAAAGAUCACAGCCCAGCUGACAGGAGCCAUUGGCAAGCAGGAGGAUGUAUCUGUGCAGCUGGAGGCUCUUGACAUCCUGUCAGAUAUGCUGAGCAGACUAGGGGGAACACUCUACUCUUUCCAUUCCUCCAUUCUGAACUGCCUCCUUCCCCAGCUGACAAGCCCCAGGCUGGCAGUACGUAAAAGGGCCAUCAUUGCCUUGGGUCAUCUUGUCUUGACCUGCAGCGGAAACAUCUUCUCAGAGCUCACAGAGCAUCUGCUCGCCGAGCUGAAGAGGAAUGAGUCUACUUCUACUACCAGGACAUACAUUCAGUGUGUCGCUGGCAUCAGUAGGCAGGCUGGACACCGCAUAGGAGAACAUCUGGAGAAGAUAAUUCCUCUGAUUGUUCAGUACUGUAACGUGGAAGAUGACGAGCUGAGAGAGUACUGCUUUCAGGCCUUUGAGUCUUUUGUGAGAAGGUGCCCAAAGGAAAUUGACCCUCACAUCCCUAAUGUGAUGGGGUUAUGUUUGAAGUACAUCACCUUUGACCCAAACUACAACUAUGAUAAUGAGGAGGAGGAAGAGGAGGAGAUGAUGGAAACUGAAAAUGGGGAGGAUGAAGAGCAAGAAAGCGAUGAUGAGUACAGCGACGAUGAUGACAUCAGCUGGAAAGUCCGCAGGUCUGCAGCAAAGUGCCUGGAGGCCAUUGUCAGCAGCAGGCACGAUCUCCUUCAGGACUUGCAGGAGGAGAAUGUCAAAGCUGACAUCUUCAGUGCUUAUAUCUCCUUGCUGAAGCAAACGCUUCCCAUCCAGAGCUGGCUGCAUGCUUCAGAUGCCUCUGGCAAAGAUGACGUUCCCCUGACAAUGCUUCAGAACCAGGUCCCCAACAUCGUCAAGGCCUUGCACAAGCAGCUCAAAGAAAAGAGCAUCAAAUCAAGACAGGGUUGUUUCAGCCUCCUGACAGAACUGGCCAAUGUUCUUCCUGGUUGCCUGGCAGAUCACAUCCCUGCACUAGUCCCUGGUAUUGUUUUCUCCUUGGCCGAUAAAUCCAGCUCCUCCAACAUGAGGAUUGAUACACUGGCUUUCCUUCAUGUUCUUCUUUGCAACCACCGGCCGGAGGUAUUUCAUCCUCAUAUCAAAAGCCUGCUACCUCCUGUUGUGACCUGUAUUGGAGACCCCUUUUAUAAGAUCACUUCAGAAGCUCUGCUCGUUACUCAGCAACUUGUGAAAGUUAUCAGGCCUUUGGACAAAUCUUGCACUUUUGAUGCCAAGCCCUAUGUGAAGGACCUUUUCCCUGGUACUCUGAAGCGACUGAAGGCAGCUGACAUCGACCAGGAGGUGAAAGAGCGUGCCAUCUCCUGCAUGGGACAAAUCAUUUACAAUCUGGGAGACCAUUUAAGCACUGAUCUCCAGCCAACCUUGAAGAUAUUUCUGGAGAGGCUCAAAAAUGAAAUCACCAGAUUGACAACAGUCAAAGCAUUGACUUUAAUUGCUAGUUCUCCACUUAAAAUAGAUUUGAGACCCAUUCUAGGGGAAGGUUUCCCCAUUCUAGCUUCCUUCUUGAGAAAGAAUCAACGUGCCUUGAAACUGAGCACUCUGACUGCUCUGGACAUCCUGGUGAAGAACUACAGCGACAGCCUCAAGCCUGCCAUGAUAGAGUCUGUCCUAACGGAGCUCCCCGCUUUAAUUACUGAGAAUGACAUGCAUGUUUCCCAGGUGGCUAUCAUGUUCCUUACUACGUUAGCUAAGGUUUAUCCAUCCUGCAUCUCUAAGAUCAGCGGUUCAAACUCGCCUUUGCUGCAAGGAGGGGCACUGAACGCUAUCAUAGACUUCUUCCAGGCGCUGGUUCUGACGAAGACAGCCACCAUGGGUUACUCGGAGCUGAUGAAGCAGCUGACUGCACCUAUUUACUCCUCAGGUUCAGCCGGGGCAUCAGUGACGUUACACAAACAGGCGUAUUACUCUGUUGCAAAGUGCGUGGCAGCCCUUUCCUCAGCCUGCCCAAAGGAAGCCCCUGCGACAGUGAACCAGUUUAUCCAGGAUGUAAAAAACCCCAAGUCCAGCUCUGCUGUCAAAGUGCUAGCUUUCCUUUCACUGGCAGAGAUGGGGCGCACCAUGAACCUCAGUGCUCAGAGAGAGCUCAAAACCGUCAUCCUGGAAGCAUUCACUUCCCCCAGCGAAGAGGUGAAAUCCGCUGCUUCCUAUGCGUUGGGGAACAUCAGCGUGGGGAAUCUUAAGGAGUAUCUUCCCUUCAUGCUGAAAGAGAUCGGAAGCCAGCCCAAGCGACAGUACCUCCUGCUGCACUCUCUAAAAGAAGUCAUCAGCUCCUCCCCGGCCGAUGGCAUCAAACCUUACGUGGAGGAUAUUUGGGCUCUGCUUUUCAAGCACUGUGAGUGCACAGAGGAAGGGACGCGCAACGUGGUGGCUGAAUGCUUGGGGAAGCUGACUUUGGUGAAUCCCUCUGAGCUGCUGCCCCGGCUGAAAAAACAGCUGUCGUCAGGCUCUCCACAUGCCCGGAGCACGGUGGUAACUGCAAUCAAAUUUACAAUUGCAGACCAGCCUCAGCCUAUCGAUGCUCUCCUGAAAGGCUGCAUAGGUGACUUCUUAAAAACUCUUCAGGAUCCGGACCUGAAUGUUCGACGUGUGGCUUUAGCCAUGUUUAAUUCUGCUGCUCACAACAAACCCUCUUUAAUCCGAGAUUUACUAAAUGCAGUUCUCCCCAGCCUGUAUAACGAAACGAAGGUCAGAAGGGAACUCAUCCGGGAGGUAGAAAUGGGGCCAUUCAAGCACACAGUGGAUGAUGGCCUUGACGUGAGGAAAGCUGCUUUUGAGUGCAUGUAUACAUUGCUGGAAAGCUGCCUUGACCGACUGGAUAUCUAUGAGUACCUGAACCACGUGGAGGAUGGACUGAAGGAUCACUAUGACAUUCGGAUGCUGACUUUCAUAAUGUUGGCUCGGCUGUCCACACUCUGUCCAAAUCCCGUGCUGCAACGGCUCGAGCGACUGAUUGAGCCACUCCGGGCAACUUGCUCCACAAAGGUAAAAGCUGGUUCCGUGAAACAGGAGUUUGAGAAGCAGGAUGAACUGAAGCGAUCCGCCAUGAGAGCAGUAGCUGCUCUCCUGACCAUCCCUGAAGUAGAGAAAAGUCCAGUGAUGGCUGAGUUUUCCUCUCAGAUCAGAUCCAAUCCUGAAAUGGCGUCACUUUUUGAAAGCAUUCAGAAAGAUUCUGCUUCCCUGCCCACCUCAGAGUCGAUGGACAUGAGCUAA